CGAACACUAGUUCUCCCAAUCGGCGUGCGGCGCUGGCAAUUCAAACUGUCAGCGGGUUGGAAAGGCAGAGAGAGCGGAAGAGGGAGCAAAAGACGUAUUCGGUGACAGGGACCCCAAGGCGACUGAGCCCAAAAAGCGACCUCUGCCCCGCCCUACCACCACGGCCGCCCGGGGAGAGAACUGAGGGGACCGCGGGGGCUCGAGGGAGACCUGAGGGGAGGGGAGCGUGAGGAAAACCGCGCGAGAGCCGGCACGCUGAGGGCCGGGGGCGCCGGGGAGCAGCGAAGCGGGGCCGCGAGCCAGCAGGGCAGAGGACCGGGCCGGGAGGGCCGAGGAGAAGCAGGGCUCGUCCCGGCGGGAAAGCUGAGGGGAGCCUGAAUCCCGGAGGGCAGGCGUGGGUGGGCACGCGCAGCCGCGAUCCGAGAUUGGAAUUGGAGCGCUCCGAGGGAGGGGCCUGCGAGAGCAGCAGCCUUAAAUACGAGGCUGCGGGGUAGAAGCCAGGGAAUCGCUGACCGGGCGGAGCUCAAGAGUGGAGGUUCCUUCAGGCGGGAGAAAGGGAAAGCUGCGGGGAAGUUCCCGAGGCCCCAGGCAGCCUGCCUCCUCCCCGCUUCAAACGCCACUCCCUUCGCCUAAAGGGAAAAAGAAAGCCACAUUUGCUGCCUGCCCCCUGUUCUUAAUAAAUAAUACUUUUACCCUCCCACGGGAAAACAGAAAAGAACUCAUUUCCUUCCCAAUUUUAGGGCUUUAGAAAAACUCGGAGCCUCGCCAUUUGAUUUUUAGCCUGGGGAAAACCCAACUGGGAAAAGUACUGCUCUCAUUUCCUUUUUCAAAUUCCCGCACCGCCUCCUUCCCGGACGCCAUGUCCACCAGCAGUUGUAGUUUCAAAGACCGGUGCGUGUCCAUCCUGUGUUGCAAAUUCUGUAAACAAGUGCUCAGCUCUAGGGGAAUGAAGGCUGUCUUGCUGGCUGAUACUGAAAUAGACCUUUUCUCUACAGACAUCCCUCCUACCAAUGCAGUAGACUUCAUUGGACGAUGCUAUUUCACUGAAAUCUGCAAGUGUAAACUGAAGGACAUCGCAUGUUUAAAAUGUGGGAACAUUGUAGGUUAUCAUGUGAUAGUUCCAUGUUGUUCCUGCCUUCUUUCCUGCAACAACGGACACUUCUGGAUGUUUCACAGCCAGGCAGUUUAUGAUAUUAACAGACUAGACUCUACCGGUGCAAACUUCCUACUUUGGGGCAACUUGCCAGAGAUAGAAGAGAAUACAGAUGAAGACGUGUUAGAUAUCUCAGCAGAGGAGUGUAUUAGAUGAAUGGAAUUAUGAAAUAUAUGAUAUUCAAACUUUUUCCUACUUAACAUAUAUGUUAAUAGAUCAACUUUAAAAUUGUUAGUAAGGAUUUGCCAGUGAUUUCUUUCUUUGGAAAACAAAAAUGGGGCAUUUGUUGAUUUAUUUAUUUGCUGUCUCAAAUUAAUUACCUGAGUUUAAUUUGAGCCAAUGUAGUUCUUUUCUUUUACUUCUACUUCUUCCUCUCUCUCCGUCCCUCUGCCCAGUAUAGAUAUUCUUAAAUUCAGAUAGAAGAAGAUUCUUUCACGUAUCACUCAGCUAUCUCCCAAUCUAGGGGAGUUUUUCUUACAAUUAGAUGCCAGAUAUCAUUAAUUUUACAUUCGUGAAUAAGAGGCAUUAGUACCCACAUAUAUGUCAACCAUACGUAUAUCCAUGCAUAAAUCCAUGCAUAUAACCAAGCAUACAUAUGUGAAGUUCAAGUGGGAAUUAAAGCUUAACAGGAGAUUUUAGACAACAGGCUGUUAGUUUCCAUGGGUACUGAUUAUCAUAUAUUAUAUUGGUGAUAACUACUUUAAUAUGGAGCAAGAUUUUAUGAAUCAGUAAAUAGAAAAAAUUAAAACUUUAAAAUGUAUAGAGGAAUCCUCUUGAUUCCUCAGCAUGAUGUUAGAUAAAUGAAUUUGUUGGAAAAUUAUCAAUAUAUACUCUUUAACAAUAUUAUUUAUUUACAUUCUUCUUAAGUCAUAUGGAUAUUGUAUUAUGAAAGCCAGAUAAACUAAACCUCCAUCUUUAAGUUAUCCCAUUCUCUAGGAUGUUCUCUGUAAGUAGCAAAUUUCAGAUGAGUAGUCUUGGUCCCAACCCUUAAAUAGAAAAAAAUAAAAAGACUAAAGUGGUUUUCUUAAGCCAUUGUACAUUAUAAAGAGUUUUUUUCUUUUUAAAGCUACAUUCAGAGCCACACAGGAAUUGGAAAUUGGGAUCGUGUUGGAUUCUGGUUUUAUGUAAAGCUAAAAUCAAUGUAGCACCUCAGCUAAUAUCUCAGCUGUAGGCAUUUUGUCAAUAGUGAUACCAAAGCCAACUGAGGUGUAGUUUUGUAAAUAAAAUUUGUGUUCUAAAAAUGACCAGCCUUCCUUUAAUUUUUUAUU